GUUCUUUGUUCGCCAUGUUGCAUUCUUCACGUUUAGAUUUUGUAAACGAAAAAUAUUUAAUAAAAUUUUAAAAAUUUGGUUAAAAUAAUUAAUUAGUCGACAAUGUAGACACGAUACCUACAUAGCGACAGUGACUAGUUGUCUCCCUUACGGAAAUCUAUUUGUUUUAGUUGUAACGAUACAGCACAUCAAUAGUUUUAUACCAGCAACUGCUAAGUAAAUAAAGAAAACCACAAUGGGCUGUAUGUGGUCUAGUGAGGAUGCUAACCGUUGUAUGUACUGUAAUCGCAGGCGAGUUAAGAAUUUGAUUUUCUUUAACGGUGUUUGCGAAAUUUGUAUUCGGCAAUCAUCAAGACAGCAAACAACAACAGCUUCGGUGUCGGCGUCUUUGUUUCGAAAUCAUGUUGACGACUUGGUCUUAUACCCUCGCCGCAUGUCGCCCGGACCUGUCGGCGGCAUCACUGCAACUUCAACUUGCGUAGUCCGGCAAAUACACACGUCACCUUCGACACCUUCCUACACUGCAUCAAAGGCAAAGUCUUUUCAAGCAAAACCGCUUUACGGUGAAUAUCGAUGCUCUUGCGGUCGAUUUUGGAAGAGUCAACUGUCAUGGGCACGCGCCUACCAAAUCUGUAAGCGCUGCCGUAAACCAGUGUUUGCGCACAAACAGAGAGAACUGCGCCCCAGUGACCGAUCACAAGACAAGGAAAAUCGUCAAGAACAUCAGAGGGAAUAUUGCCAAAUGUGCCAGCAGCUUGGACGCUAUUGUGGGAAUUAUGGCAACAACGAGAAACGUCGCAUGAAGAAUAAUUAUUCUUACUAAUUUUUAAUGGAAAUGUUAUGAUUCUAAGAAUUAUAUGAUUUAUAUUUUGAAUGUGUUGUCUGUAAAACUGAAUCUACCCUAAGAAUCUACCUGCCAACUUGGAUAGGUACCUUUUGCGAUUGUUACUAAAAUGCCAAAUUAAUCUAUUCUAAUAAUGCGUAGUAAUAAAAGAACAACAUUUACCAAAGUACAUUUUUUUCUUACUUUAAAAGUAAAUAGGUGAGGUCCAAAUUCUAUUAGAUCAUGUUUUCAAUAAAUCAAUCAAUAUAAAUUAAUAUUUGCCAGAUAACUUUUAUCUGGUGAAUAAAACUGAAUGAAGGCGCGCGAGCACGGGUGAGUAUUGUCACCGUAACAGUCUCUUUAAAGAUAAGAAUAUGUACUACGUUCUCUCUUUUUCUCUUUAAGAAAGUGUUGAGAAAGAUACACUGUCACGGUGGCAAAAAGUCACCCGUGCGCGCAUAGCCUACUCGAACAAUUCUAAAAAGAAAUCAUACAUAAUAAUAAUAUAAUAAUAAAUCGUUGAUUGAUUGUUAUCUGCGGUAGUAAAAUGUAAAGGUACCAU